AGCGCGACGCCGUCGCGGCCGUGACGCGCGGGCCGGGCCGGGCCGGGCCGGCCGGACAGCGGCGGCGGCGGAGGCAGCGGCGGGCCUGGCCCCGGGAUGGCGAUGUUCCGCAGCCUGGUGGCCUCGGCUCAGCAGCGGCAGCCACCGGGCGGGCCCGCGGGCGGCGACAGCGGCCUGGAGGCGCAGUACAGCUGCCCCAUCUGCCUAGAGGUCUACCACCGGCCCGUGGCCAUCGGCAGCUGUGGCCACACGUUCUGUGGAGAGUGCCUCCAGCCAUGUCUGCAAGUACCAUCCCCCCUGUGCCCCCUGUGCCGCCUGCCCUUCGACCCCAAGAAGGUGGACAAGGCCGCCCAGGUGGAAAAGCAGCUCUCAUCCUAUAAGGCACCCUGCCGGGGCUGCAACAAAAAGGUGACACUGGCCAAGAUGAGGGUGCACGUUUCCUCCUGCAUGAAGGUCCAGGAGCAGAUGGCCAAUUGUCCCAAGUUUGUCCCCGUGGUGCCCACAUCCCAGCCCAUUCCCAGUGCCAUCCCCAACAGGUCCACCUUCAUCUGCCCUUACUGUGGCGCCCGCAACCUGGACCAGCAGGAGCUGGUGAAGCACUGCGUGGACAACCACCGCAGCGAUCCCAACCGUGUGGUGUGCCCCAUCUGCUCGGCGAUGCCCUGGGGUGACCCCAGCUACAAGAGCGCCAACUUCUUGCAGCACCUGCUCCACCGGCACAAGUUCUCCUACGACACCUUUGUGGACUACAGCAUCGACGAGGAAGCCGCCUUCCAGGCCGCCCUGGCCCUGUCUCUCUCUGAGAACUGAAGGCGCAGCCCAGCCGCCAGGACUGAACCCUCCUGCCUCGAGGGCCAGGGCCAUGCUUGCUCUCUGUGGCCCAGCGCCUGCACUUGAAUGCGCCUUGCAGGCCAGGGGGGCCUCCAUCAUUUCAGAAGAAGAGGCGGUCCUCAAGAUCGCCAGGGCCCGGGAGAGACCACUGUCCCCUCUCCAUCAGAGAACGGCCGCCUGUGCUCCCGGCCAAGCAUGGCUAGUUUCUUCGGUGCUUUGGGCCAAGCAGGCGGCCCUCUCAGGGCUGGCCCGUUGGGACUGGGAGCAGUCAGCUGUCUGUCUUUCUCAAAGCCAUGAUGUCCUCCCCAUGCAGGGGGAGCCCCAGCGACACCCGGCCGGCCGCCGGCGUCGGGCAGUGCUUCCCCUGUGCACCUGGUACUGGCUUUGUGAUACCUAGAAAUUCUGGCAUUUUUCUAUAUUAUCCAGUGUGAUAACCUUUUCACAUUUUAUAGAGCAAAGACAAAGCAGUUACUCUUCAUAUUGCAAUAUCUGUGUUUGACUAGGAACAAUAGUAUUUUUAUGGAACAUUUACAAAAUUAUAUUUUUUAAAAAAAAUCAAAAACAAACAGUUGUGGGGUCAGGCUGGGGAGAGGAGAGAUGGGGCCAGAGCUGGAGCCAGAAGGAACCGUGGUUUCCCUGGUGUGCACGGGAUGGAGGCGACCGUGUCCUGGGUCAUCUCUGCUUUCCAGAGUUCCUGUGCUUGGGCUGUCAUUCCCCUUGGAUAGCGACCUGGAAGAAACCUCAAUGCCUGGCCACUUGUAGUGGCUGUUGGGCUGGGGUCUUCUGGCGCCACCUCCUGCCCUGGGUCCUGGGCUCAGCCCCGCUGACACUUUUCCAAAGCUGACCACAUCCUGCCUGAGGCAGAGCCGCCCCGGUGCUGGUAGAGCUGGGGGCGGCCAUGCAGUGGUGGGCUGGGCCAGAAAAUGCUUGUCAGUACUCGUUUGGUUCAUGGCAUAAAUUAUUGCUGUCUUUUAAAAAAUUUUAAAUAAAACGUUUCAAAG